CAGACACACACAUACAUGCGCACAUGAGAAAGCGACAGCGGAUUACAACCUCCAGCACCCGCGCGCACAUCUGCCUGGAUGUUUACGUAAUAUAUAUGCGGUCUCUCUGUGAGCUUCGGGUCAAAGAGACGUCUUCCGUUUUGAUUUAUAGAGCAUCUGCUAUUUUUGUAAAGAUACAGCAUGUCACCGUGCGUAAAUACGCGCAAGGUUUCCGAUUCGUCCCUUUAACCUGAAAACGAUUGGACUCUGUCACCUCAGUACGCAUUAAGCCCGUUUUUAGUGGUUAGCGACUGCGUGGACGCUGCUGGUCACUCUGCUGGGCAUGUGAACGCGUCUCUGCGCACUCGACCUUUUUACGAUGAGCGGCGAGGAUGUGCUGGCGUUUACGGCACCGUUAUGGUCGCCUGGUCCCCUGAAGAUGCGCUGGAUGUAGAAGUAUAGCCAUGACUGCAUGUGUGAGAGAGGGUGCUUGAGUGUGUGACUGAACAGAAUGGGGAAAGAACAGGAACUCUUGCAGGCGGUGAAGACGGAGGAUCUGGUUACCGUCCAGCGGCUCCUCCAGAGACCCAAACAGGGCAAAGCGAAGCUCCUGGGUGCUGCUAAGAAGGUGAAUGUGAACUUCCAGGACACAGACGGGUUAUCUGCCCUGCAUCAUGCUGCUCUUAAUGGAAACGUGGAGCUGAUUUCACUGUUGCUCGAGUCACAAUCUGUUGUUGACAUCAAAGACCAGAAAGGGAUGCGACCCUUACAUUAUGCUGCUUGGCAGGGUAAGUGCGAGCCGAUGAAAAUGCUUCUCAAGGCGGGGUCAUCAGUCAACAGCCAAUCAGAUGAGGGACAGAUUCCUUUACACCUCUCAUCACAGCACGGACAUUAUGAAGGAAGUGAGAUGCUGCUUCAACAUCAGUCGAACCCCUGCCUCAGAGACCACGCUGGGAAAACUCCUCUAGACUUGGCCUGUGAAUUUGGACGAGUCACGGUGGUCCAGUUGCUCCUGAACAGUAACAUGUGUGCUGCUAUGUUAGAGCCAAAGCCGUCCGACCCCAAUGGCAUCAGCCCGCUGCAUUUGGCUGCUAAGAAUGGACAUAUUGAGAUCAUCAAGUUACUAAUCCAGGCUGGUAUAGAUAUAAACCGACAGACGAAAUCAGGCACUGCGCUGCAUGAAGCUGCGCUCUGUGGGAAAACUGAGGCUGUUCGACUGCUGCUGGAUAGUGGUAUCAGUGCAGGAGUGAGGAACACAUAUUGUCAGACAGCGCUGGAUAUUGUUAACCAGUUCACCACUACUCAAGCCAGCAAGGAAAUCAAACAGAUGCUGAGAGACGCAUCGGCUGCCAUGCAAGUGAGGGCUCUGAAAGAUUACUGCAACAACUAUGACCUUACAAGCCUCAACAUUAAAGCAGGCGACAUCAUUACGGUCUUGGAGCAGCAUUCAGACGGGCGAUGGAAAGGCUGCAUUCAUGACAACCGUACAGGAAAUGACAGAGUGGGUUACUUCCCGUCCAACAUGGUAGAAGUCAUCAAAAGGGCAGGUCCCUCAACCCAACAGUAUCUUAAGAUACACAUCCGUCCGCCAGCAAUUGGUUCAGUUAUCAUGGUGAACGGUGACUCGUCCCACAUUUUCUCCCUGCCCCUCACCCCUCCACCACCCCCUGCCCUCCCCCUCACCCAUCAGCCCCUCUUCACCUCAUUUGGCUAUAAUAUGCCCACCUGCAGCACAAUUGGGUUUGAACCAGCCUCCUCCUGCUCAGAGGAGCCGCAAAAAGACACAGGCUCAAGAGGAUCUGUUUCCAGCCCUCAUGGAUCCCCUACCCUCAGCGGCCAGCAGAGCGGCGCUAAUGAAGAGAUCUGGGUGCUGAGGAAACCUUUAGCUGCAGGUGGCAGUGUUGGCAGCAUGGGAAGCACAGGCAGUCUAAGCGGACGCUCAUCUGCUAGUGGACAAAGCAGUAAUGCCAAUGCCCACCUCACCAACUCUCCAGUACCCGUGCCCACCACCCCAACACACUCACCUGGAGUGAACACACAUGGCCUCAAUGUCCCGGGACUGCAUGCUCAGGCAGAGGGAGUGAAGCUGUUGGCCACAGUGCUGUCCCAGUCAGCCAAAGCAAAAGAACAUCUUAUGGACCAAUCUCAGUCUGUCUCAGAUCCUAAUUCAGCAUCCCCUCAGCGACCUCAGAGUGUAUCUGCUGUCCCACGUCAGCAAAGGAAAAAACCUUUUGUGGAUCCAUUGCUGCAGAGGAAAGAUGAAGCUUCAGCUGAGAGCAAGAGCUCAGAGGCUGUUGUGGAAUGGCUCACCAGUGCGCAGCUGCAGUUCUAUACAACAAACUUUCUGACUGCUGGUUAUGACCUGCAGACCAUCAGCAGAAUGACACCAGAGGACCUCACUGCUAUUGGAGUGACAAAACCAGGGCACAGGAAGAAAAUGCUUUCAGAGAUCAGCAAAAUGAACAUCCCAGACUGGAUACCUCAAGAGAAACCUUCCAGUCUGGCAGAGUGGCUGUCUGCAAUUGGUCUGAAUCAGUACUACCAGACUCUGGUUCAAAACGGCUACGACAAUAUGGACUUCAUUAGUGACAUUACCUUGGAGGACCUAAAGGAGAUCGGCUUCACUAAACUAGGACACCAGAAGAAACUGAUGCUAGCCAUCAAAAGAUUGAGUGAAUCUCCAGAAGCGGAGAGUCUUUCUAAGGAAAGCCAGUUAGAAGAAAGCACAGAUGCAAAACAACCAUUAGAAACCAGCACAGAACCAGAUGUGAACUCUGUCCCAUCAGCUCGAAUACGUAAAAGAGCGGAGGGGCGUUCAGAGGGGCGGCCAGAGGGGCGUCCAGAUGGGCGUUCGGAGGGGCGUAGCUCACCCCGGCACAGCACACAGGGUCGGGGGAUACAAAGAGCUAAUGCCCCUCCUCCUCUGAAGAAACCAAGCUCGAUUGAUAGUCCCACCCCAACACCUCCACACACCCCAACUAAAGGUAGAACCUCAUCUUCAUCUUCAAAUUCUCCUUCACACAUCCCUUCCUCUCCACUAAAAACACAAAGCAGGCCCAGAGGGCCUUGCGACUCUCCCCGUUCACAUGCUCAUGCACGCACCGUCCCAGUACUUUGUCUACCACAUGAAGGAGAAACAGAAGAGAGCAAUGGUCAAACUCCUUCCCAGCCAAGACGUGGACAGUCUAUCAAUACAGAUGCUGACUUACCCAUGCCAGACUCUUCUGUUAAAUACGCCACACUAGGUGGACAUAAGACCACCUCCAGCAGCUCCACAAGAACCUCUGGCGAAUCCCUUGACAUCAACAGUGUCAAUCGCAGUCAGUCAUUUGCCACAGCUCGGCCGCGGAGACGGACUCGUCCUCCAACUCCACCAAAACGCUCAUGCUCUUCCAUUUCCACUGGGAACCUGACUGAUGAGGCUGUGGCUGAUGAUGCAAGAUUAAGCGAAAAUAGGGCUAACAAUUUGCUACUCAACGUGACAUACAGGGAGCGGAGACGGAGUGACUGUGGCAUUGCCUCAGAAAAAACGUCAUCUGGGGGCAGCGUUAGAGACAUUGCUGCCAUGCUGGAAAUGUCCAAUCUUGGAAACAGUGGUAAAGGAAGUGGAAGUGGUUACACGCAGGUUAGUCAAAACGUCCUGAGGCAGAACCGUGAAGUUCUCAAUUUGGAUGCAGAUAGUCGACGUCGCACAAUCAGCGAGUUUUAUGAUUCUCAAAAGCAGUCUGCUGAUGUACAAGAAGCUGAGAUGAGGCAGGACACGGCACAUCAUAAACCAGAACCUCGUGAAACCCAUCUACUUAAACAGGCCCCUGAACCACGUCCCCGCUCCAUGAUCACUCAUCUGGAAGGGGGUGUUUCUUCUCUGCCUCAAGAGGAGUGGUCACGAAUGGAUGCAACAGCGACAUUGAGAAGGCCUCGACCACCACAUCACACUGAUGGUGAACAUUUCAACCUGACAGAAACUAGUACGAUAAAGCGAAGGCCCAAAGCAUUGGCUCAGCCCCAAAGUAAUGGGACAGAUGGGGAUGGACCAGAGAACUUUCGAAGAAGGCCUGUAUCUGAAGCUUGCGUCGGAGAUGGUGGUAGGGAUGAAGAACUUCACCAUGAUGGUUUUGGAUCUCUUCCUAGGCAAAUACUGAAACCCCCAGUUUCACCUAAACCAGCAAUGGCCCUUCGAAAAUUCGAUCCUCCAACUCCAACAAGAAGGGUUCCCUUACCUGGGCCAGAAGGUCAGCAUAGUCCAGUUGAGGUUAGGAAAAUCCCUCCUCCAGUAUCUCCCAAGCCAAGUCCGCCGCCGACACUGCCUAAACCUGUUAAAAUCAAGCCAAUCCAUACCAUUGGAACUCCUGGUUCUCCUCAGCCAGAUGUUGUCAGUCCAUUCAGUGCCUCUUUUAGCCCCGUUUCAAUUGAACAACUGGAGCAUCCACCACAGACACUGAGUCCAGUCACCCCAAAACCAAUGGAGGGAAGCAUGCUUUCCCCACGUCCAGCAACAUCUCCAGCUCAGAGUCCACAGACACCCCAAACCCCACAAACCCCACAAACACCCUCCACACCAGGCUCAGGCUCAGCUCCAGUGAAGCCCCCAAGGUCUUCCAUGGCCGGUCUCUCAGUAGACAUCCCAAGCCCUCUUGAAGUAGAUGUACCUGGAUUGGAUGUGCAAAAGAGGCUCAGAGAAUCAGAUAAGCAGAGAGAGGAUGAUGACAUGAGGAAGCAAGAGAGAGUAGAUGAAGUUGGAUUUGCUAAAAUGGAAAGGACAGGUCUGAUCCAGCUGGAUCCAUUGUUUCAAGGUGAACAAGGCCUGAUUUCAGGUUCCUCUGUGGGGAGUCAUUUAAUUGAGGCAGGGGAUGGAGCAGGACCAGUGGUAAUGAGAAGAAGGAAGGUAGGUGUAGCCAGACAGACACAAGUAGAGGGGGAAUCACAAGAAGGAGAAGGAAAGACAGAGAUGGAAGGCCAAGGGUUACUAAAGAUCGCUGAAACAGGAGGCUCUUCUUGUGGGGACGUAAUGCAACUCAGACUGGACGAGACCAGUGCAUCCCUGGCAGCUGCUCUGGAAGUCGUGGAGGAAAAGAUUAAGAAGGAUGACAGCUCCACCGUGGACAACAAGAGCACAGUCAACAUCCUCGAUGACAUUGGCAGCAUGUUUGAUGACCUUGCGGACCAGUUGGAUGCCAUGUUAGAUUAAAAAUCUAAUUCCAAUGGGAGUGUGACACUCAAUUGUCUUAAAGAUUUUCAGUGAGGACCAACGAAACCUAUAUGGAUGCCACCUCAGAAAAAUAAGAACAGGACAGGGCAGAUUACGCUCUUCCACUCUCAGUCGAAAUACUUUAAGUUAAAUCAACCUCAAACCCCUUUCAUUCUCCACCAGCCUUUCGUCCUACUCUAGUGGCCAGAAUAGAUACCGCAAGAACAUAUCCUGAUCUGCAAAUACAGCCUGCUGUCAUGCUGCUUUCAGAGAUAAGCACAAAUUUAAGAAAGACUGUAUGUGGCGAGCUUUCUAAAUACAUUAUAAGCAGAGAAAAGCUAUUAUGUGUGAGUGUGUGUGUGUGUGUAUAUGUGUACAAUAUGUGGAGUGAGAGUUGAAUAUUGAUGAAUAUUUCUUUUGAUGGCAGUGUAAAGAGCUGUACCAUUCUCUGCCGAGAGCUUGUCCACUUGUAAAUGGGAACUUUGAAUUUCACCUUGUGGUCUUCAGCUGGACAAGUCAAUGAGAAACCGAACACGUUUUGGACGAUGAGCACAGUCCUAUUUAUAGCCCUUGAAAAUAUUCAGACUUUUUUGGACUAUUUUAUCCAAGAUUUCUUUAUUCCCUUGAAGUCUAAUGAGGUCAAGCUUGGGACUUAAAGAGGUAUAUUGUAACCUUUAUGUACGUUAUUAUUGUUGUUGCUGUUGUUGUUGCUGUUGUUGUCAGUGUGUGUGUGAAUGUUUGACUGUGUAGUGUAGCUCUCGCAUUGACAAAUCCCACCCUGCCCAAGGUGAAAUACAUAGACAUAGAGUACAGAAUAAGAUGCUGGAGAGAGUAGUGUAUAUAUGACAUAUAGUUUAUAGUUAUCAUUGAUAGUCUAUAGAGUAUGGAAUGCAUCAAUAUGGAAUGCUAAAGACACCUGCUCAUUCCUAAUGUGCUCUAAUAAGUGUUUGUGUGUGUUUGUAUGUGUGUGUUAGGAGGAAGGAUCUGUUUAAGAGUGAGAGAAUUAGGAAGUUUGUGUUCAUACUUUUGAAAAUGAGGCACUAUGUAUGUCUUCUCUUACAAAAACGUACCAUGUAUUUGAACAUGGCGCCAUGGUAUUUUUUAAGCAUCUUAGAUGAGCAGAUCAAUUCUUCAGUGCAUGGAUAUGGUAAUCAUACAGUACCAUGGUAGAGUUCCAAGUACUGUUUCAUUACCAUCUGAUACCAUAGUACCUCUUCAGUACUUUUUUGUAAGGGCUGAAUGUGUGUCAGUGCAAUUUUCCCUGUUUUGUCAUGCAAACAACCAACAAAUAAGACUUGCUGACAGAAUAAGUUGCAAAUGCUAUACGAUUAGAUUAUUUAAGACGAUGUUAUUGCAAGAUGUAUAAGACUACAGAGCAAUAUUUUUAUCCAUGCACCAUGUUGUUAAUUUAGCUUUAUAAAUGAUACUUUAAAACCAGCCGUCUGGGAUGCAACAGAACUGAGCAUUUUCCGACAAUCAUGACAGUGUUGUCCUUGAUUUUGACCCUGCAAAGUCAGUGGAAUAGAUGUUGGAGUAUCAAAUCUUUUGCAGUGUAAAACUGUGUAAUAAUCAGUUGUUAUUUUGUGUAAACCUUCAGAUGGCUAAUGUGUUUGUCUGACCCUGGUGAAAUGAUCAUCAAAGACCUCUUCCAUGUAAAAAGCAUUGAGAAUAUGUGGAAUUCAUAUAAAUAAAUUGUUAUGAAUAUAA